AUGUCUUUCUUUGGCUUUAAUUCAAACUUGCCAAAGGAUGCAGAGACCAUUGAUUUCCAAGACACUUAUGAAGGGUUUGGUGAAGAAUUGGAAGGAAACGAUCAGUUCAACGAUGAGACUUUUGGCGGUGAUAUGAGUGCCAUUGGCAAAGACUUCAAUUUCGGAUCUCAAUCGUCUGCUGCUGCCAGCAAGGUUGAUCCCCAAGUUUCUUAUGCCCAAGCAGUAAACAAUGCCACUAAGAAUCAUCAUCAUAUGGUACAAAGUGAAGAUGACGACGGAUUGAAACCUUUGGACUCUUUGUGGGACACCCAACCUCAACAACCAUCGAAAAAAGUUUUGUCGUUAGAAGAACUCGAAGCGGGCUUUUCCACAGGAGGUAACAGCGGUGGUGCAGCCGGUCAGUAUCAACAGCAACCACAACAACCAAUGAUGCCUCAUCCUCAAGGAAUGUAUCCGCCAACUCCUUACGGUUACGGUGCUCCUCCUCCUCCAGGAUUUAACUUCAACGGGUAUGGAGGGUACCCUAACCAAUCUGGCGGGUUUGCUCCUCCUCCAAUGAUGGGGGGUCCACCACCACCUGGUGGGUUUGCUCCUCCAAUGCCAAAUAACCAAAACUAUAUGUAUAACCAACCAUCAUCAAUGGGGGCCCAUCAAUCUGCGGCUGCUGCUUCUGCUGCUGCUCCACCACCACCUCCUCCUCCUCAACAAACACAAGGACCUCUUGCUGUGGGCCAAUCUUCUGUGCCACCACCACCACCACCACCAGCGCACCAAAAGGGUCAAUCUAAAGAACUUGACUUGAACCAGUUCCCACUUCUUGGCUCGAAUCCACCAACCCAUCCUCAGCAUCCUAUUCCUCAAAACCACCAAAAUUUCAAUGAUUCGAACCCAGCUUUUUUCAAUAACCAGGAAAAUCAUCAAAGACAACAAGACGGCAAUAAUCACAAUUUCCGUAAAUUUGAAAACAAACCGCCAGUUGCCUUGACUCCAGAAGAGGAGGAAAAAUUGAAUAUCAAGGGGAAGAAACUCGAAAAAAUCAUUAAAUAUAGUAAUAUCAUGACCCCAAGAGAUCGCGAUUUCGUCACCAGAUUCCAAAUCUCUCAAAUUGUCACCGAUGAUCCAUAUAAUGAAGAUUUCUAUUUCCAAAUUUUCAAGGCCAUUCGGUCUCAAAAUACCCACGAUGGUUCUUUGAAUUCCAUUGCCAAGUAUUAUUUGGAACAUUCUGGUCACAGAUUGGGUGGUAAACACAAGAGAGCCGAUGUUGCUUUGCAAAGAAUGCAACAACAAGUUAGUAAAGCGGUUACCGUUGCCAAAGAAAGACCAAAGAACUCGCAAUACCUGAAGGAAGGUUCUUUGGGUAAAAUCAGUUUUGGUAGUGGUAAGACUCCUAGAAAACAAUUAGAAAUCCUCAAGAAAGAAAUCAAAGAUAGUGCGGAAAGUGCCGAUGGUAAUGCCAUGGUCAACAGCAUGUUGGUUAAUUUUGACGAUAAAAAUAUUGCCAAUGUGCAUUUGAGUAAGAAAAUUAUUUUGAAUUGUUUGGAGAAAACUUAUGAAAAUGUGUUGAAAUUGGAAUCUCAAGAAAAGAACCAUGAACAAAUCGACGCUACCGAAUUAUGGAACUCCCUUUACAUUUCCACCGAGGUGGUUAACGAAGAUGGUGAAAGAAUAUCCGGUAAAAUCGAUGAAUUGAAAGAAAAUAUCUUUGUUUCUUAUUUGAAUUAUGAAAAGGGGAUCAAAUUAUUCCCAAGACUUUUGAGAUAUUUCUCCAGCGAUCAAAAACUGAAAAUGAUUGAAAAUUUCUUCAAGAAAAUCUCUCUUUUGAAAUUGCUUGAUGAAUCAUCGUAUGAGUAUUAUUAUGCCCAGACCGAGGCUGACAGAUCAAAGAUUGAUAAGAAAGUGGAGUUGUUUUCUAAUUUGAUUUUGAAGUUUAUCAUUGCCUUCAUUUCCAACGAUUUGAAAUUCAACGAAAUUGUCAAGUUGAUCAUCACUUUGAUCAAUUAUAAUGGUUUGGUCAAAUUAUUACCAAACAAGAUUGGUUUGACCUUGAUCACCAUUUUGGUGUCCAAGAUUGAAUUGAUUAGACAAGACAUCAACAUUAUGAGCAGUGAUUUGAUCAUUUGGACCAACGUCUACGAUAAAUUGUUCAAUAAUUUGAUCAGUAAAUUGAUCAACGUGUUCCCAAAACAGUUAUACAUCAACGACGAGAUCUCUUGGAUUAAAGAAUAUGGUCAAGAUAAGAGUACGGUGGUCAAGAAGACUGCAUUUGAUGACUCAUACAUAUGGCAUUUCUUGGCUUCAUUGGCCCUUGCUGGUAAAUUACAACAUCAAAGAAUUAUUGUUGACGAAGUUAGAGAAAAAGUGUUUGAAUGUGUUGAAUUCGCCAAGAAGUUGGGUCAAGAUGCUAGUUUCAAAGAAGAAUCUAUUAAGAAGUUGGGUAAUUUGAACUUAUUCUUGAAUGUCAUGGGCUUGAACGCCUCGGAAUCUGGUGAUAUUACCGAAUUGAAAUGA